AUGGGGGGAAAGCCCAGGGCUCUGUGGCUGCAGAGAGUACGCGUGCAAGGAAGGGGCUUCGCCGGCCUCACUGUGUCUGCCAUUUUCAGUUUUCGGAGUCUGUUGACUGGAAUCUUGCUGCUUAUAGGUACCUGUGUGUAUAUCCGAGCCUUGGCGCCCAGGCCCCUGGACAGAAGUAAAACUGGGUUGUUGGCUGUCUUCUGGAAGUGUGGCAGGACUGGUGAAUGGAAGGGUCCUGACGUUGCAGUACGCUGUGUUGUGAUGGCGUUCGGCAUCCUCUUCACACAAUAG